AUGACGCCAACGACCACGCGCCGCUCUCUCGGCGGUGAGACCGCCAAGCCUGACCCUUAUGAGGUGCUGUACAACACGGCCGUGCAGGCCUUUGUGCGCCGCGACCAUGCCAAAACGCAGGCCAGCCUCGAAAAGCUCCUCGCGCUCACCCGCAAGCUCCCCCGCGACCCAGCGCACUGGUACGACCUGAACCCAAACCCAGAUGCGGACACGGCGGCAGCGGAGGAGUGGGUCACCAAGACGCUCAAGCUCGCCAUCUCGGCCAACGCGUCGCUGUACUCUGAUCCACCCAAGGCGUUCCAGGCCAUGCCCCACUUACUGCCGCCUGCUCCGCCCACCAUGAUGCUCGAGUACAUCCGCGACCUCUGUACCAAGACGUACGGCCAGGCGCUUCUGCCACCGCAGCUCGUGUCCACCUUCCUCCUGGCGGCGCUCAAGCUGCGGCCUGCCGAGCAGGCGCUUGCGUUCGCCCACCAGCUCGCCGAGGACUGGCUGACUGCCAUUCCGGACAAGUUUGUGCUCGCCAUCGCUCAGCCACACGCGGGCUCGAACAGCGCCGCCGCGAGCGCCGCGCGUAAGCGGACAGACGCCGCGCGUGAGGGAUACCUGAAGGUUGUCGAGCUGUUUGUUGGCGAGGUUCUCGGCCGCGAGGGCGAGUGGGAGAUGGCGCGUGGUCUUCUCGAGGGCGAGAUGGUCAUGGGGUCCAAGAAGAAGGAGGCAUUGUAUCGCCAUCUCCGGCAGCUGGAGCAGCAGCGUUCAGUGCCGCCGUCGCCGAGCAGCUCGGGUUUCCUCCCCUCGCCAGCGACCAGUGACACGCCUACAGGGCCGGACGGGAAGCGGCGUGGUCGCGCCCACAGCGUGGCGAGCACGAGCAGCUCGAGCGAGGCGACGGCUCGUCCCGUCGGCGGUGUUGGUGGUCCAUCAAAGCGACAAGUCAAGGGCAAGGGGCGCGCGGAACCUCAGGAAAGCGAGGGCGGCGACGACUCGACCAUCCUCCCACCAAAGUCUGAGGCAACCGCCGUCCCGACCAAGGUUUACGUGCACCACCCACCUCCUGCACCGCGCGCCCCGACACCGGUCGACGAGCGCAGUGCGUGGUUGCGUGCAACGAUGCGUAUCCUCCCGUCCUCGCUCACUGCUCGCCUGGAGGCGCUCGCUGCAUCCGGCUGGCUUGUCCCCGCCCUUCUCCCCAUUCCCGCAUUCAUUGCCAUUGUGCUGUUUACCAUCCAGCGCCGGCGCCGCCGCGCCGCCGGCCAGGAUGUUAUGAGCGUCCGCGAGCGACUGCGCCAGGUACGCAUGCACGGCUUGCGGCCGUGGCUCACGUACUGGCUCCGCUGGUGGGUGGAGAAGCUCAAGGGGGUGUUGAACCUCGGCACCACCAUCACGUACAUGUAG